AGCAUGUGCAAAACUGAGGUGGAGGGCCGGGGUGGGGAGUAGAGUAUCUGGACAAGAAGGUGCACUUUCUCGUACACAAUGUAUUGGAAUUUUUCUAAAUUUGAAUUUCAUAUGACGCAAGGAAUCUCACUUCUUCUGCAAAGAGACGUGACACAGUCUUAUGUCUGAAAAUCAAGACUAUGAAACGAGAAUGAGCUUUCAGAUUACAGCGGGGGAAAAAACGACAAGAUUUCUAAAAGAAUGUGAAAUUCUACCAUUUUGGUUUUCAUUCAGCGCUGUACAUCGUCUUUAGGGAACACAGGUAUGAAACACAGCAAAACAUUGCUCAGUAGACAGAAGAAGAAAAAAAAGUCUUUUAAAACCCAUUUAAAAUCCUAGCAUUUUUUCCCCCUCCUUUCUUUUUAGGAGUUGACGAGCGUCUCAAAGUAAGGGCUGUGAGUGCCUCUCCCACCGCUACAACUUCCCCGAGUUAGAUGUCCCUACAUUUCCCAGGGUCAAGGGUGCGUUCCUGAGCUUUCCGCAGACCCUGGACCCACACUUGUUCAUCGGAAUUCAACAGCUUUGCGAAAUAGUGUUUCUGGCUCUUCGAGGUCUUGGAGAAACGCACUUGUGAACAGUUAGAUUUAAUCCUUCGGGGGGAAAGUCGGGUUUUCCUGAUGUUAGUAUUCUCGGAUUCCCAAGGGAGCCCAUCCGAGACAAGGCGUAACCGAGGGCGGUUCUGUGGAGCGCAGGGCGUGCCCAGAGUAAGCGCGCCCGGCCUCUCCCGACCCCCAGCCUGCCCCAACCGAGAGCAGGACCCCCGGCCGUGCCGGGGCCUCUGUGACGCGGCGUUCCAGACCGUCGGGUCCGCGCGUCGCUGGGCCUGGUAAGGCGGCGGAGAGUGCCGCCCCCGCGCACUGUCGGUUCUCCCGGAGCAAACCGCAGCCAGGGCAGCCGGAGAGGCCCGGCGACCCGACGCGGCGGCGGCGGCGGCGACAUGAGCUACCACCAGCUACCGGUAGUGAUCGACAACGGCUCGGGGGCGAUCAAGGCGGGCCUGGCUGGAAGCCGGGAGCCCCAGUUUGCCUGCCCGAACAUUAUCGGCCGCGCCAAGGGCCACACCUGGGCGACCGAGGGCUCUGAGGCACUGUUCGUGGGCGACCAGGCGCAGGAGAGGCGAAGCUCGCUGUCCAUAAGCUAUCCAGUGGAACGCGGUCUCAUUACUUCCUGGGGAGACAUGGAGAUCAUGUGGAAGCAUCUCUAUGACCAUGACCUGAAGCUAAAGCCCUGUGAUGGUCCAGUCUUGAUUACAGAGCCAGCACUAAACCCACUGGUCAACCGGCAACAGACCAGUGAAGUGUUUUUUGAGCAUCUGGAGGUUCCUGCCUUCUAUAUGUCCAUCCAGGGUGUCCUGGCACUGUUUGCUGCAGGCUUCACAACUGGCUUUGUGCUGAAUUCGGGUGCCGGGGUUACCCAGUGUAUACCCAUCUUUGAGGGUUACUGUCUGCCUCAUGGUGUCCAGCAGCUAGAUCUGGCAGGCCUUGACCUCACCAACUACCUCAUGAUGCUGUUAAAGGACCAUGGUAUCAUGCUGCUUAGCACUGCAGACAGACAGAUUGUCGCAGACAUUAAGGAAACCUGUUGUUAUGUGGCAAUGAACUAUGAAGAGGAAAUGGCCAAGAAACCUGAGUAUCUGGAGAAAGUUUACCAACUGCCUGAUGGGAAGACUGUCAAGCUUCAUGACCAGCUCUUCAGGUGUUCAGAGGCCCUCUUUGCUCCACGUCUCUUGAACCUUGAGGCUCCUGGUAUUGAUAAGAUGUGCUUCAACAGCAUAAUGAAAUGUGAUACAGAUCUGAGGAAUUCCUUCUUCUCCAAUAUUAUCCUUGCUGGGGGAUCAACCUCUUUCCUGGGUUUAGAAAAGCGGCUAGUUAAGGAUAUAGCAAAGGUGGCACCUGCCAACACUCCUGUGCAGGUUACAGCUCCCCCAGAAAGGAAAAUGUCGGUGUGGAUGGGAGGUUCCAUUAUUGCAUCCCUGUCUGCCUUCCAGGACAUGUGGAUCACUGCCGCAGAAUAUAAAGAGGUUGGACCCAACAUAGUGCACCAAAGAUGCUUCUGAAGUACAGAUGAACUGGUUAAAACAUUUUGAGCAUAUAUGACAGAGAAAACUUUGGAUAUUACAUGUUUCUGGUAGAACAGAAAAUAUUUUAAUCACUGGAUUGUCCGUGUCUCUGAUGUAUUUUUAUAAUUGGGGAAAAUAACAACGGUGAAGCAAUCGAGCAGAUGUUCAUUGAAUAGAACCUAGUUAAAUGCUAGAAGAAACACUAUUCUGUGUCUUUGAGAGUUUACAUUUCCCUUGGGGAGAAAGCAAUUUUUGGUAAAACAGAGUAUGUGCCAAAAAAGUGAUAGAGAUUUAAGCUUGUUGAAGUUUAGGGAAAGAAAGUUGCUGUAGUGCGGGAAGAUUUCAGAGAGGAGCCAUGCCACUGUGGAUGGGAUGGAGUUAGGAAUGGGUAGAGAAAAAAAGGGAGGGGGGAUGGGGAGGAAGGUAUCCAGGCAAGGAUAAUGGAGUCAGGGGGUAGAGAUGAGAAUGAACAAAGCAUAUUUAGGGCAUGUUUAAUAGACUGAUUUUGUUAAAAGACUAAGAGCUAUGACUGGAAAGGUAGAUUAAGGCCAGGGAAUGGAAACCUUUAAGUGUUAAAUGUUCUCUAGGCAAAGGGAAGCAAUUAAAGAUUUAAAAGCAGGAGAUACAACAUAAUGUGGUGGUGGUUUGUAGGAUAAAUUAGACUGGGAAGGGCCUGGACAUGAGGUGAUCAGUUAGGAAGCUAUUAGGCUAAACAGAAAGUAGCCAAGUCCUGUACUCAAGAUUAUAGGCAAUGGAACUGGAAAAAAAAAAUUAUGAAGAAAUAGCAAGUCUUAUUGUGUAAUUAGGUAGAUGUGAAGGGGCAAAGAGGACUGAGAUGACCUGGGUAGCUGAGAGAAUGUUGGCAGCAUUGACAUAUGACAAUUUAGUUAUUUACUCUGUGCAAAGCACUGUGCUAAGUACAACGAGUGCUAAACCAGGAGUCAGAUCCUGCCCUUAGGAAGCCAGCAGUCUGGUAGAAGAUGUGAAAUUGAUGCGUAAAUUACAAAGUAGAAAGUGAUUUAGCAUCCUAGUAGAAGGAUAAAAUGCUCUGGGGGGUUCAUAGGAGGGAGAAUACCAGUUGAGGGACUCAGAGAAGACUUUCUAGGAGAUUUGGCCUUGGGACUGGGCCUGAAGGACAACGGGAAUGUAAACCUCAUGGAGUGCCCUUCCCUCUGAAUUUAGGAGCAGCAUGCAAGAUAGGUCCAGACCCUGCCACCUGCCAGGCGCGUAACUUCAGCAAGUUGUUUAAACGUUCUGAAGAUCAAUUUCCUCAUCAGUAAAAUGGGAAUGCUAAUCUCUACCUGUCUCACAGGAUCAUUGGGAAGUUCAGACGGGAUAAUGUACCUAAAGGCAGUUUAAAAAAAACUGUAAAAUAUGCCAUUUUUUGCUUACAGAAUUUACAGGGCCAGUUCAGAUGCCACCUCUCUGGAGUCAAAAUUGAUUAUUCCUUUGUGUCCUCUAGUACAUUUUAUUACUUGUACUUCUAUUGACCAUGAAGUCUUUUGGUUUGCUUGUCUUUCUCCCUCAGUAGACAGAAGACAAGUUCUUAGAAGGCAGGGAUUGUGACCUUUUCCUUUUCAUCGCUGUCCCCUUUUCUUGAUAUAUACAAAAACCCAUUGCCAUUGAGUCAAUUUCAACUCACAGUGACCCUAUAGGACAGAGCAGAACUGUCCUAUUGGUUUUCCAGUGAGCAGCUGGUGGAUUUGAACUGCCAACCUUCUAGCUAGUGGCCAAGCUCUUAACCACUAUGCCACCGGGGCUCCACCACAGCUGCAAAAAAAAAAAA